UGGCGUAGAUAGAAGCGCCUAGCGCGCCGUUUUUUGGCUUGUCAACCGAAACCACGCAACAAUUUUCACAUUUCUAAUCUUGAUAAACGCUAAUAAUUCGCUAAUGUUAACCAGGAGAAUUGUAUUUAUCAAUGCGGCGUACAAAGUUGUAUAGAGUAAAAGUGCAGUGCUAUUAAAAUCUCGUUGAAUUUCGUUUUCCCACCGCUGUGACCCGCGAACUCUAAACAUGCCUCUCUUGAAAAGAAAAGCCUUUGAGAAAUCGACGGCGUCAGGGUUCUUGCGGGACGACGAUGAAGUAUUCCACUGCGAAAUCACCGACGAGAUUUUCAAGGAUUAUGAGGAGUACUGUGAACGUAUUAUUCUCGUCAACUCGAUGGUGUGGACUUGUGAGAUGACGGGAAAGAACAAUUUGACGUAUUCGGAGGCCCUUGAAAGUGAGAAAGCAGCAAGGAGGUCACUGAAAGACUUCCCAAUGGAGCUCAGGAUACCAAUAUUGUAUCUUGCCACAAAAACAAAGAGGAGUUCAUUUGCAGAGAUGUCAGAAGACGUAUUUAAUUUCGUCAGAGAAAGAUUUUUUGUGGGGGAGACUGUAGAAGCCUGCUUGGAGGGUGAUAUUUGGAGGGAAGCCCAUAUUUUAUCAGUCACAGCCCAAAAGCAGCACCCAGAUAACAAAGAAAUGCUACCGCCGUCAGCAUACUGCUAUGAAGUCGAGCAAUAUGAAGAAUCAGACGCAACCGCAGUGGGACAAAUCGGCACGGCGCCGUACGAGCGCAUACGGCGACCCAAGGGCGUCUACUCGAGAGACAAGAACAGGCUGUUUCUGAAGCAGUUUGUCGAAAUGGGCCCCGUUAUUGCUAUUAAGGCCUCAGCAAUAGAUAAAUACAACAUCAAUAAAGUCCACUUUGAUCAAAUAUUCACUGGCAGUCCACCAGAAUUCCCUUCAUCCAAAAAGCUCAAGACCAGCAUGUCACCAUCAGUUAAGCCAGGAUCAGCGACAAAACUAAAUAAAUCAUUGAAGAAAAUCAGCCCUCAGAAAGGAAGACAAGAAUCUAUGGACAAGUUUGUUAAGAAAACAGAUAAGGCAGAAGUAAAUAAGAGUAAAACAAUAAAUCCAGAAGCAAAGAAGAACGCGCAAGAUCUAGCGGACAAGAUGAGGAGAGCGGAGGAGCAGUUGCGAUUGCGAAAGGAGGAAGAGAAAGCAAGGAAAAAGGAGAAGACGGCACGCGUGAUGGCCUACAUGAAAGAGUGGCAGAAAGUCAAAGACGAUCUGGAGCUGGAGGACCAUAAGGUACUACCCAAAGGCACUCCAAUAGCAAUGGAUGGUAUUGAUUCAAAGCAUUUUGGAGAUUUCCUCUCAGUUCUCGAUUUUGUACACACAUUCUCUGAAGUACUCAAAACCAAGGAUGUGUUCCCCAAUGAUCUGGACUUGGAGAUGUUCAGGAAGGCUCUGACGAUGAAAGAAUCUGCGGGCGUCUUCUGUGAUCUGAUACAGAUGUUUUUGAGCGCAAUAUUCUCUUUGCAAGAAGAUGAAGCAGAGGAAUAUAAUGAGAAGGGUGGCAUCCAAGAAUCUACUGAAGACCAACAAGACACGGAGAUGGGGUUGAACCGUGCGAUAGAGCUCGCUACCAAAGCCAGCAAGUGGUCGCACACAUACCUCGGCACGCCACUCAGCAAGCUGCCCCUCGAUCCCAGUACAGUCAGCGAGGUUUUACGGCUCCACCUGCUGUCAUCGGGCAGCGAGGCCGGCGGGCGCUGCGUGGCGUGGCGCUGCCACCAGCGCGGCGGCUACAGCUCGGCCGACGACCCGGGGCUGCGCCUGCGCCUGCAGCGCCCCGCCCUCCUGCGGCGGCUGGCGCGCGCGCACGUCGCCGCGCUGCCCGUCGACGACAAGUUCGCGAUACUACAGUGCCUGAUGAGCCAAGUGCUCAGCUACGCGACGGUGCGCGACCUGGUCGAGGAGAGGCUCGAGGAGCACAGGAAUCUCAAACAGGCGUUGAGGACUUUACAGAUAAACGAGCGCAAACGCGAACCGCAACUGUCGUCGGCGCGAAUGGAGAUAAAGCGAGAGGCAGCGGCCAAGAAGGAAGAACAGAAGUUGACCGGAGACAAAGCGAGGCUGGUGGAUGAGCAGGUGAAGGUGGACAUUGAGAAACUGAUGAAGGAGAACGAGGCUAAGAAGCAGGAGUACUUGAAGAAGUCCAAAGAGCUGCAGCUACAGCUGUUUGAGUAUACCAAUUAUAUAGGCGCGGACCGCGCGUACAACCGCUACUGGGUGUCGCGGCGCGUGGGCGGGCUGUUCGUGGAGGCGGCGCGCGGGCCGCAGCGGGGCGCCUGCCGCGCCAAGCCCGUGCCGCGGCCGCCGCGCGCGCCCGCCGACGCGCCCGACCUGCUCGCCUACGUCACCGACCUGUACCACGCGGGCCGCCGCGAGCGCGAGGGCAGCGACAAAGAGAACGAAUCCGGUUCCAACUCGCGCGGCAACUCGCCCAAGAAGCCCUUGACCAACGUGAACGGUGUGAGCAAGAUGUCCCCCGAUAGUAUCCAGCAGAUGCGCGAUCUCAUGGUCUGCACAGCGGACGUGAACACCUGCUAUGUGCAUGGCAAGGACGAGGGCCCCAGCUGGUGGGUGUACCACAGCGAGGAGCAGGUGGAGGCGCUGCUGGCGGCGCUGAACAAGCGCGGCGCGCGCGAGGCCGAGCUGCGCCACGCGCUCGACGCCGAGCGGGACGGCCUGCGCGCGCACCUCGCGCGCUGCCCGCUGCACGCGCUCGCCGCGCCCGCCGCCGCCGGCCCGCAGCCCAGCCCGGUGGCGCAGCCGGCCACGCGGCGCCGCGGGCCGCAGCCCUCGCUGGUGGUGCCGGAGGACUGCUCGUUGGCGGAGGCGCUGGAGCUGGCCUUCCGCGACCAGCUGCUCGAGCUCGAGGAGAAGAUACACCACGGGUGUCUGGGGGCGCUCAAGGUCAAAGAUCGCGAAGCGUGGCGUGGCACAAUAAUGCUGCGAAGUUACGACAAGCAGGCGGAGUACUUGAGCUGGGGGCCCAAUGGGGCUUUCCGGGACGACACACAUAUGCCUGAUGGUGGACUAGUGCCCAAUGGAGAUACCAAAGAUCCAGAUGUAAAAGAAAUCCCAGAGAAUAAAUACCGCGAUCCCGGGUAUUACUUGGAUACAGAUAAACCGAACGGCGUGAAACUCGAACCCAGCGAAGGUUAUGAAACUAAACCGGAAGUUAUACGUGGUCUGGCGAGUGCGCUGUUGCAAGUGUCGCAGGGGAUACACCAUAAAUACCUAAAGAGGCCGCUUGGCCUCGACGACAAGGAGCGCAAGGACCGCGAGGCGAAGAACAAGCCGCUGGAGCUGGAGGCGCUGGAGCGCUGGGAGGUGUCGCUGAUGGGGUGCCGCAGCGUGGCCGGCCUCGCGCUGCACGCGCUCGCGCUCGACCACAGCGUCAGCUGGGCCGCCAGCGUGCUGCACGCCAGCUGCCGCCUGUGCCGCCGCCGCACCGACCCCGACAACAUGCUGCUGUGCGACGGUUGCAACAAGGGCCACCACCUCUACUGCCUCAAGCCACCGCUGGCGAAAGUACCGGAGGGCGACUGGUUCUGCGAUCAAUGUAAGCCGAAAGAGAAGACGCCGAGGAAGAGAAGGAAACUUUAUACAGACGAAGAAAUAGAAGAUGAACUGGAUGACAGUUCGGAGGCGGUGUCGCUGGGCGUGUGCGCGACGUGCGGCAGCGGCGGCGUGCUGGCGGCGUGCAGCGCGUGCGGCGCGCGCCACCACCCCGAGUGCGCGCGCCCGCGCCCCGCGCGCGCCUCGCGCCGCUGGACCUGCGAGCGCUGCCUCAACCCGCCCGCGCACCCCGCCCACCCCGCCCACACCGCCCACACCGCGCACGAGCCCACAUCCCGCCGGCGGUGCGCGGCCGCCGCCAUGUCGUCCAUCCACCAGUACGCACGCAGCGUGCACAAACGGUCCCACUCCACGGAUUCCGAAGACAGUGAAUUCAACACGGCGCUGGUGAAACUAAAGACGCGAAAGUCGCGCGGCAGCAAGGAGUCGUCGCCGCUGAUGAACGGCGGCGGCAAACGUGGACGCAGGUCAAAAGAAGACUUAAACGACAGUUCAAGUAGAAGGGGCAAGAGUUCACUCACCAAUGGUGUACAUGAAGAGAGGAGCAGCAGAAAGCGCGGGCGAGGCGUCGCACUGCACGCGGAUGCGCUCGCGCAGCUGCUGCGGGACGCGCUCAAGCACAAGGACAGCUGGCCCUUCUACGAGCCCGUCUCCACUGAGGACGUCCCAGACUACCUACAAAUCAUAGACACGCCCAUGGACCUGAACACGGUUCGCGAAAAGCUGGAGGGCGGAGAGUACGAGAGGGACGAGCAGGCGUUGGCGGAUGUGGCCCUCGUGUUCCACAACUGUUAUACGUAUAACCAGGACUCACAUCCUGUGGCUAAAGCCGGCUACCGAUUAGAAAAGUACAUAAUCAAGAGAUGCAAAGAGCUAGACCUCCCUUCUCUACCAGAGAGCGACCCCACAGAUGACGAAGACCUCCCCCUCAAGAGGAGUAUAAAGGAAGAAAGUGAAGAUGCCCCGAAAGCAAAGAAAUCCAAAAUGCAGUGAUGUGUUAGUGUUGCAAAGACUUGGUAGGACUGUAUAGUGAAUUAAAUUAUGUGCAGUUAAAUCAAUGUGAAUCAGAAAUGGCUUAUAGAGCACGAAAUAAUAAAAAAUGUUGUUUGGUUUUUAAGUUCUACUGUUAAUAGAGAGAACUUCCUUUUAUAUGCAAAGAAACGGUAAAUUUUCUGUUCGUGAAAUGUAUAUCCAAAUUGCAAGCUUUAUAGCUUAUACUUUAAAAAUGAUAAUGGUUGUGGAAGAUGAAACAGAUGUUUAUUUACUGCUGUCUCUUUCUACCUUCUGUCAACAGACAGAGAUAGUUGACUAAUGAGUGCAUAAACACUCAUUACUAGAAGAAGAUGGCUUAAAACUAAAUGAGAUGAAUGCAAUUUCAUAACUGCAGCCCUUAUCAUAUGUUCUAUGACUCCGUUUGUACCUUUUGCUGGUCAAAAGUAUAUAAUCCAAAGCAUUUAAUUGUCUGUAUGUAACGCUGUGAUAUAUUCACAAUAUAACCAAAUAUAGCCUUCAUUAAGUGUACGACCCAUAACCAAAA